AGUUUGAGAGGUCAGAUCUUCAUCUGUCCGUCUGUCUGUAACACACAUCUGUAUCCUGUCUCUCCAUCUUACACACAUCCAGAAAAACAUCAUUGUUUCAGUUCAGCUUAUCUCUGCUCUCCCAAAUAUCCUGUUUCUUCGAGCUGCGCGUCCAGAAGCAAUAGAAAGCUCUUCCUCCUGCAGGCUGACUUCACUUCCAGCUUUAGCACAAUCUCAUCCGCUCCGAACCGCGCUCUGCAGAACCCCGCACACACACACACACACACACACGGCAGCGGCGCGAGGACGGCCGUCCUGCUCCAGCAUGGCCAGCACCAUCAAGGAGGCGCUGUCGGUGGUGAGUGAGGAUCAGUCUUUAUACGAGUGUUCGUACGGAGUGUCUCAGUAUAAGACGGACAUGACGGCGUCCGCCGCCGGUGAAUACGGCCCAAACAAACUCAGUCCCAGAGUGCAUCAGCAGGACUGGCUGGCUCCGCCCCCUGGACGCAUCACUGUGAAGCUGGAGUGUGGCGCGGGAUCCAGGGCCUCUCCUGAUGUGUGUUCUGUGGUGAAGGGGAAGGGUUCUCCAGUGAUGUACAGCAGCUCUAUGGAGCCGAACACGUGGAGCAGCGAGCGCAGAGUGAUCGUUCCUGCAGAUCCCAGCCUGUGGUCAGCGGAUCACGUUCGUCAGUGGCUGGAGUGGGCCGUGAAGGAGUACGGGCUUCCUGAGGUGGACCUGUCUCUGUUCCACAGCAUUGACGGGAAGGAGCUCUGCAAGAUGAGCAAAGACGACGUCCAGCGUCUGACCAGCAGCUACACAGCUGACAUCCUGCUGUCUCACCUGCACUACCUCAGAGAGACUCCACUUCCUCACUUGACCUCAGAUGAUGUUGACAAAGCCUUGCAAAACUCCCCGCGGUUAAUGCAUGCUCGCAAUACAGGAGGAGCCAGCUUCAUCUUCCCAAACGCCUCCGUCUUCCCUCCAGACGCCAGCAGAGCAGACACCAGUCUCCACGGGCGGCGCUCCGGAUGGAGUCAGCCGGCGUCUGCAGCUAAAGGUCGGUCAGAAGCACAUGUGCUGCACACCAAAACCCAAGAGCAGAGAGUCCAGCUAGAUCCGUAUCAGAUUUUAGGGCCGACGAGCAGCAGACUGGCCAAUCCAGGUUCGGGUCAGAUCCAGCUGUGGCAGUUCCUCCUGGAGCUCCUCUCCGACAGCUCGAACUCGUCCUGCAUCACGUGGGAAGGAACCAACGGCGAGUUCAAGAUGACGGAUCCGGACGAGGUGGCUCGGCGCUGGGGCGAGAGGAAGAGCAAGCCCAACAUGAACUACGACAAGCUGAGCCGAGCCCUGCGCUACUACUACGACAAGAACAUCAUGACCAAAGUGCACGGGAAACGCUACGCCUACAAGUUCGACUUCCACGGCAUCGCUCAGGCCCUGCAGCCGCAUCCGCCCGAGUCCUCCAUCUACAAGUACCCAGCCGAGCUGUCCUACAUGAGCUCGUACCCGCAGAAGAUGAGCUUCGUGUCUCCACACACUCCGGCCAUGAGCGUCUCCUCCCCGGGCUUCUUCAGCGCUCCGGGUCCGUACUGGAGCGCUCCGGCGCCGGGACUCUACAGCGGCCCUCGACACCCCCCCGCACACAUGCCCUCGCACCUGGGCUCCUACUACUAGAGUCCCACCACAUCUCCAGAACACACCUGACUGGAGAGAGAACAUCUGCCAUCCGCUCGCGGAGCCUGGAGUUUAGCAGGAGUGUGAAAGUGU